UACCGUCUUCCCCCAACACGCACUUGCACGAUAGACACAGCCCCCAAAGACGCUGGCCUUCCGUAGCUAUGGGCUUCUUCGGAAUGGUGCUUAAGCCUGGGCAGAAGGAGGCCGUCGAGGUCCCCCCCGGCUGGUGUCUUCAGCUUUGCACGGCAGCUCUUGAGCCAGCGAAAGCAGGCGUGAAGCCCCGGAAUGUGUCGGCGACGUUGUGGGUCCAGGUGGAGGAUAGCGAGAUCGGUGACAACUCAUACCUGCUUGGCAGCCUCCAGGGUGGCGGACCCUGCGCUCAGAUCCCAGUGGGGCACUGCCUGACAAGCGUAGACGGGGAAGUCGUCAUGGAGGCGAAGGGCGGGGGUACUAUCCAUCUCACGGGCUUCUUCAACAGGGAAUACGACCCAGAUGCUGAGAACGACGACGACUCUAGCGAGGAGGAGGAGGAAUCGUCCGAGGAAGGUUCCGAGGAAGGUUCCAAUGCCGAGCUGCGCUCAAAGCUGGCCUUGCUCCUGGCAGAUGCGGAGGCGGAGGAUGGUGACGAUGACGAUGACGAGGAAGAAGGAGAAGGAGGACAAGGAGGACAAGCAGGAGAGAAUGGCAGCGGUAGACAAUCCUCGAAGUGGGCAGGGCGUCGCGUCCGGCCGGCGGCGGCUGCAGCAGCUUUGGUGUGCGGUACGGGGGACGGAGAUGACUCUGAGGAUGACUCGGAAGUUGAUGGCGAGUAUGUUCCUGGAGACGAGGAUGAUGAUGAAAUGGAUGCCGAUGGUGAUGAUGGUGACAGCGACGAUGACGAUGAGGAGGAGGAGGAAGAGGAAGAGGAAGAGGAAGGUGACGACGAGAAAACGAACGGCAAGAAGAGGCGCGCGAGUGCCAGAGGGGAAGCUCCUGCCCCUUCCCCGCCUGCUGCCUCUGCGUCGCCGUCGAGCCAACAGCGGCCUCCCAAGAAGUCCAAGAAAUCGACGGAGGCGGAGGCGGCGGUGGGCGAGGGCGGAGCUGUGGCAUCUACGGAGGGAGGAGAUGAAGACAAGAGUCCGGAGAUGACCAAGCAGGAGAGAAAGCGGCAGCGCAAGAGGGAGAACAAAAGGAAAGCGAUUGAGGCGAAGAAGGGCCUGGAGGAGGCGUUUCGUGCGAUGGACCCCGAGGACGGGGGUGAGCCGCCAGUUGGGGUCCCGCUCAAGAACCCCCGCAGCAAGACCCUCAAGGGAGGCCUCAAGAUCAAGGACACAAUGUUCGGGGGGGGCAAGAUUGCGGUACCCGGCAAGAACGUGAAGAUCUGCUACGAGGGUUGCUUCCCUGACGGCCGCGUGUUUGACAAGAACAACAACCGCCGAAGGCCGCUGCAGUUUCGAGUCGGCAUGAAGAACGUGAUCGCGGGCAUGGACAGGGGCGUCGAAGGCAUGCGCGUCGGAGGGAGCAGGGAGAUAUCCAUCCCGGCCGCCCUAGGGUAUGGUGCUCGCGGGACGGGACCCAUUCCGCCAAACCAAGACCUUGUGUUCCGUGUUGAGUUGGUCGACGUGUUGGGCAAGUAGGCUGCCACAUUUUGCCGGGAGGGUUCCGGGCAGUGAUUGUGCAGCGUGUGGCUCGGUCCUUGUACCGCGUAGGCAGCGCCGUGUGAAACGCCCCCGGCAAAAUAAUUUCUGUCGGCACGCGAAAAAAUCUCUCUCUGGUGCUAUAUCUCGUGCCAGCUACAUUUGCUGCAUCAUCGCUGAAGCGGAAGCAAAAACAUUUCCGUCGGAUCCGUCGGCAAGAGGAAACAUCUCUGCUGCUAUCUCGUGCUACCUACGGUAAUCUCGUGCAGUUUAGAAGAAACAACAAAUCCCUCGUGUUGGGGUUUCCCCGCCUCAGCUUUUCGCAAAGGGGAGGGCAGAGGUGGGGCUGAAGGGACAAAUCGCCUGUCUAGAGGCAUGCGUGGGCAGGGAGGGAUACGGGGAAGGAACAAGGGAAUGGAGUUCUGCCUUUUUUUUUGUGGCAACAUGCGCGGGCGUGAUGUGUCCCUAUGCAUGUAGACUAGCGCUUUUUGAGAUGGACGUUGGGUGCGUUUCUCUGACACGCGUGUGUCCGUCCACCUCAACGCGAAGGUCGGUCACGGUGAUGACGGUCAUGGCUGCUGUGAACAAGUAAGUCAUGAGUUGCUUUUCGGAAAUGAGAGCGAAAGAAGCGAAGCAUGGCGGAGUGAGUGCGGAUGGGUCCGAUUUUUUUCCCUCAGGUGCGUGUCGAGUUGGAUAUGCCCCAGCCGUCAAAAGGGCGACCAGCCCCCUGGCAAAUCGCCUCCUUUCUCCGUGUUGGCACCCAGCGAGGUACCACGGCCGAGAUGGACAGCAAUGCUAAUAUUAUUAUGACGAUGGUACGCCAACCUACUACACUAUAAAUAGUGAAACAUCUGGGGCCAAAUUCUCUCUGCCGUAGCGUGUCACCUUGUGUU